UUCGACAUUUUGCUAUUGAUUCAGACAAACAAAUAAUCUAUCUAUUAACUUCUCAUUCUAUAUAUUCAUUAACAUUAGAAAAUGAAAAAAUAAAAUCUAUUUAUUCAUCAAUUGAUCAAACAAUAACAUUAGAAGAUUUAUGUUAUCUUUCUGAAUUAAAUCAUUUAUGUUUAGGUUUAUCAAAUGGUGAUUUAAUAUCAUUACAAUUUGAUAAUGAUAGUGAUGAAAAUAUUAAUGUUAUUGGUACAUUAGAAGAAUGUAUACAUGAAUUAAAAUUAAGUCCUGAUCAACAAAUACUUAUUGCUGUAACAAAUACAAAAGUACUUUUACUUUCAACAUAUAAUGAUUAUGAACCUAUUGCUGAAACAUUACUUGAUACAAGUGAUUUUGGUGAACAACAAUUAGUAAAUGUUGGUUGGGGUUCAAAAACAACACAAUUUCAUGGUUCAGUUGGUAAAAAAGCUGCUGUUGAAAAUGUUAAUAUCAUGCCAACAAAAUUAAUAUCUGAUAAUGAUGAUAAUCGUAGUCAUAUUGUUUGGCGUGAUGAUGGUGAUCUAUUUGCUGUAUCAUUUAUUUCAUUAACAAAUCAAUGGCGUACAAUAAAAAUUUUUAAUAAACAAGGUCAAUUACAAGCAACAAAUGAAACAUCAUUAAAUAGUUUUAUUGAAUCAGCUAUAGGAUGGAAAAUAAGUGGAGAAUUAAUUGGUGUUGCAAUGAGAUUUAAUAAUGGACAAAAAUUAACAAUAAGUUUUUUAGAAAAAAAUGGUCUUAAACAUGGAGAAUUAGUUUUAGAAACAGGAGAAAAUAUUAAAAAAUAUGUUCAACAUUUAGCAUGGAACAAAGAUUCAACAAUUCUUGCUCUUGUUCUUCGUCAAGAGAAUGAUUCAUAUCUUCAAUUAUGGUCAUCAAGUAAUUAUCAUUGGUAUUUAAAACAAUCAUUUUCAUAUCCAUCAAUUAAUAUUCAAACACUUCUUUGGGAUAUUGAUGUUAAUAAUAAACUUCAUUUUAUAACUGAUAAUGGUCAAUAUCAUUCAAUGUCUUGGUCAUGGAUAAGUCAAGUUAGUUAUACAAAUACUCGUUCACUUGUUUUUCUUAUUGAUGGUUGUCAUUUAUUUGUAUCGGAUUUUACUCAUUCAUCAAUUCCACCACCAAUGUCUUCAUAUGAAAUUAUUUGUCCAUUACCUAUACUUGCUAUUGCUUUUGAUGAUGAUUAUAAUCAAUUAAUUCUUAUACUAUCUGAUGGUUCUUUAGCAAUAUGUGGUUCAUCAUCAAAUCUUACUAAUUAUCGUACAAUAAUUCAUUUAUCAGAAAUAAAAUCUGUUCAUUAUGUUACAUCAUUAAUAUCUUCAUCUGAAUCACCAAUUAAAAAUAUUCAUAAUGUAACACAUUAUCGUCUUAUUAAUAAAGAAUUUUAUUUUAUUGAAAAUUCACAUUUACAUAUAUAUAAUAUUGAAAAUAAAACAAAAAUUAGUUUAUUAUUAAAUUUUAAUUGUUUAACAACUGCAAUUGAUAAUGAAGAAAUUAAACAUUUAUAUUUACAAGAUGAACAUGGAAAAAUAUAUCGUUUAGAUAAUAAGGAAUUACAUGCUAAAAUGCAUUUUCCUCGAGCAUGUUCACAUUUUUCAGUUAUAUUAAAUGGACGAUUUAUUGGUUUAACAGAAAAUUAUCGUUUAUAUUUAAAUACAAUUGAACUUGCACAUAAUUGUAAUUCAUAUUUUAUUCAUGAUAAAACAAUACUUGUUUAUUCAACAUUACAACAUCAAUUAGUAUUUCGAUCAUUGGUUAAUGAUCAAACUAUAGCAGAGAUUAGUCAUCGAAGAACGGAACGUGGUACUCGUAUCGUCUGUACUGCUUAUACAGAUUUAAAACUUAUUUUACAAAUGCCACGUGGUAAUAUUGAAACAAUUUAUCCUCGACCAUUAUUAUUAACAUAUAUUUGUUCAGAAUUAAUUGAUAGUGAAAUAAUAAAUUAUAAACGUGCAUUUGAAUUAAUGCGUAAAAAUCGUCUUAAUCUUAAUUUUCUCUAUGAUUAUAAACCAAAACAAUUUUAUGAUUAUAUUCCACAAUUUAUUUCUAAUUUACAAAAUGAUGAUGAUAUAUGCUUAUUUUUAAGUGAAAUUGAUAAUGAAAAAAAUACUCGAGAUGAAUAUAUGAAAUAUAUAUUAAAACAAGAAAAAAAUUCUUCAAUUGAUAUAAAACAAUGGUAUCCAAAAGCAAAUUUAUUAUGUGAAAAAUUUCGUUCAUAUCUUUUAUCAACAAAUAAUUCAAUAGAAUAUAUUAAUUCAAUAUUAACAACUUAUACAAAACAAUCACCAUCAAAUAUUGAAGGUGCUUUAAUAUAUUUAAAUCAACAUUCAAAAUAUUUUGAUAAUGCUAUACGUUAUUUAACAUAUUUUAUUGAUAUUGAUCGUUUAUAUGAUAUUGCAUUAGGUACAUAUAAUUUUGAUCUUGUUUUAAUGAUAAGUGAAAAAACACAAAAAGAUCCAAAAGAAUAUUUACCUGAAUUAAAUCAAUUACGUUCAAUAAAUAAUAAUUAUUGGCAAAAAUUUAAAAUUGAUUGUCGUUUAAAACGUUAUAAAAAAGCUAUUGAAAAUGCAUGUGAUUAUUUUAUUGAACAACUAUUAAAUAAACAAAAUCAAUAUGAUGAAAAAUUUCAAGAAUUUCUUACUAUUUUAGAGAAUAAUCGUUUAUAUAAAUUAGCCAUAAGAAAAUUUUUAUCUAAUCAACAAAUACAAUCAACUAUGGAAUAUAUUAAUCAAAUUAUUAAAUUAUAUGGAGAUUAUUUAAUAACAAAAAAAUAUUAUAUUGAAGCUGCACUUAUUUAUGAACGAGGAAAAUUCUAUGAACAAGCAAGUAAAGCUUAUAGACAAGGAAAAGAUGUACAAAAUUCAUUGAAAUUAUUACCGAAUAUUUCUAAACAACCUAAUGUCAAUGUGGAUGAAUAUCGUUCAUUAGCUGAACAAUUUCGUCAUGAUUCAUUAUAUAUUGAAUCUGGUCAAAUCUAUGAAAAUUAUCUUGAUGAUAAUGAAGAAGCUCUUAUUUCUUAUUUACAAGGUCAUGAAUGGUCUCAUAUUAUUCGUCUAUUUUCAACAUCAUUAAAUGAUCGUCAUGAUUUAUAUGAACAUGAAUUUUUAUCAACAUUUAAUAAUUUCUAUGAUGAUAUACAACGACAAAUUUAUAAUGAUUAUGAAAAAUUUCAAUUAUUUACAAAACGUCUUUUAAUUCUUCGAACAAAUCUUUUUCAAUUAAUAAAAGAAAUACUUGAUUCUGGUCGAGAUUAUGAUAUUGAUGAAAAUGAUGAUCAAUCAGAUAAUGAUGAUCAACAUAUAAAUGAUGAUCGACGAACAUUAAAUACACGUACAAAUCGACAUAAUGAUGAUAGUGGUUCAAUACGAACACGUUUAACAAAAAAAUCUGGUUCAAUAACAUCAAGUAAAAAAUCACAACGACGUGCUGCACAACAACAAGAACGAUUAGUACAAUUAAAAGAAGGUUCAAAACAUGAAGAUCUUGCAUUAGUACGUGAAUUAUGGUUAUUAAUAACAAAAUUUGAUAAAUUAAAUUUUGAUAUUCGUCAUAUAAAUAAAAUAUGUUAUCAAAUAAGUACAUAUAAAAAUUCAUUAGAUUAUGAACAAAAAGGUGAAUUAUUACAAAAUAAAUAUAAUGAAUAUAUUAAUUCAAUUGAAAAACAAUUAACAACAAUAUGGUUAAGUAAUCCUGAACAACAACAACAACAACAACAACAGGAAAAUGUUCAAACGAUGGUCAUAAACAAAAAAAUUCGAGAAAAAUUUAAAAAAGAUCUUGAUCUUAUAUCGAAUCAAUAUCGUAUUUCACCAAUAUUAACUUCAAAAACUUCACAAUGGAAACUUGUUCUUUUUGAUACGGAUAUUUCUGUUUAA